AAAAGGGACCAGGAAAACUAGGGGAUUCCCCCGGGAAAAAGGGGAAGGAAACAGUCAAAACCAUUUUGUCUAAAGCCAACUAGUCUGUGGAGCUUGGGACAGCUGGGGGCUCUCCCCAUGAGGAAGACGGCUUGGUUCUGUAAAGAAUCGUGAAUGCUCCUGGACUGCAGGUUGGGGCAGCCGGGUGGCUUUGGCGGCUCCGUGCUGGCUCCUGUCACAGGCAGAGUCCUUUUGUUGGCUGAUGGGGCAGGCUCAGAAGUUCAAUCUAUACGUUUUUGUACAAACUCGUCAGCCUGCUGCUUAAAAAGAGGGCACCCAGGGCUCUAGGAAAGCAGAGCGUGUUAUUUCUAAAAGCGGUGUGUGCUCAGAGGCACGCUUGUCCUGCUGGUGGCAUCUGUCCUGAUUUAUCCUGCUGCUGCAGGACAAAAGGACGAUUGGAGGGGGGACCAUGGGGCUCCUGUCACUCUGAUGUUGGCUGAAACAGGGCCCAUGGGCUGCGGUAGCAGGGUGGGUUUUCUAGGCAGGCGAGUGUGUAUAAGCUCUCUCUUUCUGGUUCCAGGACAAUGCAUCUUUUCGUGUUGUGCCUCUUCAGUGUCUGGGGUCUGGCUGCCCCUGAGCACUACGUUGUGGAAGAUGUCUGCGCUGCAAAGCCACGCGACAUCCCGGUGAACCCCAUCUGCAUCUAUCGCAACCCCGAAAAGAAGCUCCAGGAGGGUGAGGGGCAAGAGCCGAGGAACGGCAAGCUCCCAGAAUAUACUAACCCCCGGGUCUGGGAGCUGUCGAAGGCCAACUCGCGCUUUGCUGUUCUCUUCUACAAGUACCUGGCUGACUCCAAGAAUAAUGGGGAAAACAUCUUCAUGUCGCCCCUCAGCAUUUCUACAGCUUUUGCCAUGACCAAGCUCGGCGCUUGCGGUAACACCCUCCGGCAGCUCAUGGAGGUCUUUCAGUUUGACACCAUUUCAGAGAAGACAUCGGAUCAGAUCCACUUCUUCUUUGCCAAGCUGAACUGCCGGCUUUACAGGAAAGCCAACAAAUCCUCAGAGCUGGUAUCAGCCAACCGCCUCUUCGGGGAGAAAUCUUUGGUCUUUAAUGAGACUUACCAGAACAUUAGUGAAAUAGUUUAUGGAGCGAAACUCUGGCCCUUGAACUUCAAAGAGAAGCCAGAACUUUCCAGGAAGAUCAUUAAUGAGUGGGUGGCUAAUAAGACAGAGAAGCGCAUUACAGAAGUGCUCCCGGAAAAAAGUAUUGAUGGUCUCACUGUCUUGGUCCUGGUCAACACCAUUUAUUUUAAGGGGCACUGGAAAUCGCAGUUCCCAGCUCCAAACACAAAACUGGAUUUAUUUCAUAAAGCCAAUGGUGAGACCUGCAAAGUCCCAAUUAUGUACCAAGAGUCCAAAUUCCGCCAUGUAUCCAUCCCUGAGGACAAAGUCCAGGUGCUGGAGCUGCCUUACAAAGGGGAUGAUAUCACAAUGGUGCUGGUCCUGCCCAGUGCCGGGACGUCGUUGGUGGAGGUGGAGCGAGAGCUGACGUCAGAGAGGCUGCAGGGCUGGAUAGACUCCAUGACGGAGGUCUCUCUCUUCGUCUACCUCCCUCGCUUCCGCGUCGAGGACAACUUCAGUGUCAAGGAUCAGCUGAGAAAAAUGGGACUGGAAGACCUCUUCAGUCCAGAAAAUGCCAGACUCCCAGGUAUCAUUGCAGAGGGCCGUACAGACCUGUAUGUAUCUGAGGCUUUCCACAAAGCCUUCCUCGAGGUGAAUGAAGAAGGCAGCGAGGCAACAGCUGCUACAGCUGUCAUCGUCUCCGGCCGUUCCUUCCCCAUGAACAGAAUAAUCUUCAAUGCCAACAGGCCCUUCCUGCUUUUCAUCCGGGAAGCCGCCCUCAACUCCAUCAUCUUCAUGGGCAGAAUAGCUGAUCCUUGCUCCUAAAGGGGCUGUCAGGG